ACCACCUAACAAAAACAUCCACAUACCAAAAUUGACCUUUUGAUAUCCAUAAUUUAACAAAAAUACCACUCUCAAACAGUAAAUGACUCAAUUAACACAUACUUGACUGAUCAUAAUAAAAAAUUAAGAUGCAAUAAAUGAAGAGGCUACUAGCUUCGUCGCCUUUCAUAAAAGCCAACCGAAAAAAUUCAAAGUGACUUGCUAUUUAACCCUUAAUAACCAGCCUUAUACACCAUAUGAAAAUUGCUUCUUCAUUGCCUCACCAGUCUCAUUGGACUAGUUUCUGCCCUUGGUCAUCAAGAAAUUCCUUAACCUCAAGGUAAAAUACUUAACCUUGCCUUUGUUGAAUGUUGAGCAUCAUAUCCAUUUCCUUCCUAUUCAUGGAUGUACAAUUUUGUUCUCUACCACCUUCAGAUCUUGUUUCUAAGUGUGAACUUUGCCAUUGUCCAAUUAAUUGUAUUUAGUUGCAUAUGAAAUUAUGCAUACUGUUUUUAUUGACAAAUAUUGGUGGCUCUCUUUAGGAUUCAAGUUUAUGUGAUAUCAUUUUCUAGUUAUAGAAUUGUAUCAAAAAUAAGAAAUAACCUCUGUUUUGCAGAGUCAAGCAUGAGCAGCAAAGGAAAGAGACCAAAGGUGGAAAUUGAGCUGAACCUCUCACCACCAAGGAUUUUUCAAUACGAUGAAUCACCAAACCAAUCAGCAACAUUUUCUCCAACAAGCUCCUGUGUGUCAACAGAACUUAAUCCUGAAGCAACUGUUCCUCCUAGGGUGACAUCAAUGGCAGUAUUUGGGUGUCCACGUUGCUACAUGUAUGUUAUGCUGUCUGUAGACGACCCAAAAUGCCCUAAAUGCCACAGUUCUGCUUUGCUUGAUUUUCGCAAUGGAGCUAAUGGUAUUGGUACCAGCAACUGCAGAAAGAGAAAUGAAAAUGACAGCGGUAACAACAAGACCGGGAAUAUGUAGGCUUCCUUUCCAAAGACCUGCCAA